UUCAUAACCCCGGGGUGCCAAGUGGGUGUCCGUCCACGCACGGAAGCGUGCCACUCGUGUUUUUUGAGCAGUUGGAGUGCAGUUGUGCAACAAGACAGAAUGGAGAAGUUCCUGUUUUUUAUCCCCUGGAUUCUGCUCUGCUGCUGCUGGACGACACAUGCGGAGGUUUUUACAUCCAUUGGACAAAUGACUGACCUGAUCUACACAGAAAAGGAGCUGGUCCAGUCUCUGAGGGAGUACAUCAAAGCUGAGGAGUCCAAGCUGGCUGCUGUCAAAAGUUGGGCCAGUAAACUUGAUGCUCUGACCAGAGUGUCCACUUCUGACCCUGAGGGCUAUCUGGCCCACCCAGUGAACGCCUACAAACUGAUGAAAAGACUCAACACGGAGUGGUCUGAACUGGAGAGCCUGGUGCUGCAGAAUCCGUCCGAUGGAUUCAUUGCCAACAUGUCUGUACACAGACAGUACUUCCCAGAUGAGGAGGACCAAACAGGUGCAGCCAAGGCGCUGAUGCGUCUUCAAGACACAUACCAGCUGGAUUCAGAAGCGUUCUCAAAAGGAAAGUUGCCAGGUGUGCACUCUAACACCGUACUGACAGUGGACGACUGCUUCGACAUGGGAAAGACGGCGUACAACGAUGCAGAUUAUUACCACGCUGUGCUGUGGUUCCAGCAGUCUCUGAAGCAGCUGGAUGAUGGAGAAGAAGCUGUGGUCUCCAAGGCGGAUAUUUUGGACUACCUUAGCUACUCCGUCUACCAAAUGGGCGACUUACCUCGAGCUGUUGUGCUGACCCGGCGGCUUGUGGCCAUUGACCCAAACCACGACAGGGCAGGAGGCAACCUUCGUUACUUUGAGCGGCUGCUGUCCAAGCAGCUCACUGAGAUGAACCAAGCCGACCAACCUGCCACUGAAGAACCCAUCCAGCUGGGGACCUACAGCCGACCCAAAGACCACCUCCCAGAGAGGGAGUCCUAUGAGGCUCUGUGCAGAGGAGAGGGGGUACAAAUGACUGUAGCCAGGCAAAGCCGUCUGUUCUGCCGCUACCAAGAUGGCGACAGGAACCCUCGUCUCCUGCUGAAGCCCAUGAAGGAGGAGGACGAGUGGGACAAUCCCCACAUCGUGCGCUACCUGGAAAUGCUGUCGGAUGAAGAGAUUGAGAAGAUUAAAGAGCUGGCAAAACCGAGGCUUGCCAGAGCCACUGUCCGUGACCCCCAAACAGGAGUUUUGACUACAGCCAACUACAGAGUAUCAAAAAGUGCCUGGUUGGAAGGAGAAGAGGACGUUAUCAUUGAAAGAGUUAAUCAGAGAAUAGAAGACAUCACCGGGCUUACAGUAGAAACUGCAGAACUACUGCAGGUUGCAAACUAUGGAGUUGGAGGACAGUAUGAGCCACAUUUCGACUUCUCGAGGAAAGAUGAGCCUGAUGCUUUCAAAAGGUUAGGCACUGGAAAUCGCGUGGCGACUUUUUUAAACUACAUGAGUGAUGUUCAAGCAGGAGGUGCCACAGUCUUCCCGGACUUUGGGGCAGCAAUCUGGCCCAGGAAGGGGACAGCAGUGUUUUGGUAUAAUCUCUUCAGGAGUGGGGAGGGAGACUACAGGACGAGACAUGCAGCCUGUCCUGUUCUUGUAGGAAGUAAAUGGGUGUCAAACAAGUGGAUCCAUGAACGAGGACAAGAGUUCAGGAGGCCAUGUGGCCUCACAGAAGUGGAUUGAAGUCCGCCUGCACCUAUGCACUACCACACACAUGCACACACAUGCACACACUUACACACACUCCUUAGUGCCUUGAUGCCAGCCAUGAUGCAAAUCAAACAAAAUGUAUAAAGCCUUCAAGAAUGAACUUGUCUGUGCGAAUAUCAAAUGUUUUACAUGAUCUUACGUGGAGUGUCUCAUCUGAAAAUGUGGCGCUCUGCAGCUCACAUCCUCCCACCAUCAACGGUUCAUCAUAAAGGUCAGUUUAAUGAGGAAAAAAGUUGCAAACAGCUAAUUACAGAACAUUAAAAAGAACUUCUAACAGGUCAUUCUUGUUUUUUCCAAACGUGUUAGUGUCUUAACUGUGCAUUUCUCUGAAAAGUCUGUGACUGUUUUUAUAAUGUUUUUAAAGCACUUC